AUGUUAAUUAUAUUUUUAUUUUUAUGUACACUGUCAUCAUGCACUCCUGGAAUUUUACCUACUGAUUUAAUUUUUGGAGUCGCAACUUCUUCUUACCAGAUUGAAGGGGCAUGGAAUGAAGAUGGAAAGGGUGAGAAUGUUUGGGAUAGGCUAACACACACGAAAAGAGAUAAAAUCGCUGACAAAUCGACUGCCGAUACAGCCUGCGAUUCCUACCACCUUUGGGAAACUGACAUUAAAAUGCUUAAAUGGCUCGGAGUAAAGAUUUAUAGGUUCUCCAUAUCGUGGCCACGUAUUUUACCAACUGGCUAUACCAAUGUGACCAACAGAGCCGGCAUCGAGUACUACAAUAGGCUAAUUGAUGGUCUCCUUGAAGCUGGAAUCGAGCCAAUGGUCACCUUGUUUCAUUGGGACCUACCCGUAGAUUUACAACUGAGAGGUGGCUGGAACGUUCCAGAAUCUAUAAGUCUGUUCGUAGAUUACGCAGACUUCGUAAUGUCGCAAUAUGCGGAUCGUGUAAGAUAUUGGUUGACAAUGAACGAGGUCAGAAUAUAUUGUGAUCAUAAUACAAACAUAUUAAUACCGGAUGGACUAAUAGACCCAGAAAGAGCGCCUUAUGACUGUACAAGAAAUUUAUUAUUGGCACACGCGAAGGUGUACCAUAUAUUUAAUAAGAAAUAUCGUUCUUUAAAUAAUGGGCUUAUGUCAGUAGCAAAUCUUUUUGCGUGGUACGAGACGGCAAUGGGCGACGAAGACGAGAAAAAGUCUACUGAACUUUUGUUGCAAUAUUAUAAUGGGAGAUUCAAUCACCCAAUAUUUUCAAAUGAGGGUGGCUGGCCGUCUUUACUAAUAGAAUAUAUGGAAGAAUAUAGCAAAAGUAAGGGUUACAACACGUCGCUUUUACCACCAUUUAGUGAAGAGGAGAAGCAGCUUAUAAAAGGUACCGCAGAUUACAUAGGCGUAAAUCAUUAUUUCACAUUUAUAUCUAAAAAAGUCAGUAUCGAAAAAUCUGAUAUGUUUUUUAACACCAAUGAAAUAAGCUGGCGUGAGGGUUGGCCAGAAACUCCUAUUCCAGCUAUUGGAGAAAACAAAACAAAAGAAUAUAAAAAAUAUAACUACUCACCAGGAAUACGCCACGUUAUAAAUUGGAUCAGAGAAAACUACGAAGAAUGGGAUAUACUGAUCACAGAGAAUGGAUAUAGGGGGGGUAAUAUCAGAGACCUUAUAGAUUUAAAGAGGGUGUCGUAUAUUAGAGACUUAUUGAGACAGGUCAUACUAUCAAUGAAAGAAGACGGUCAUAAAAUAAUUGGAUACAUUUAUUGGAGUUUGAUGGACAACUUUGAAUGGUGGUCUGGAUAUAAAGAGAAAUUCGGCCUUUUCGACGUGGACUUUAAGGAUCCAAACCGCACAAGAACAGCGCGUUUAUCGGCCAAGUACUUCGCGUGUAUAACGCGGAGGCGGGACUUGGACGCGUGUUUAAGAAAUGUUUAA